CUGGGGAAUGACGUAAACUGGGAGUGGGGAAGGUCUACAAAAGGCCGUGCGAAAGGUGCAGUGCCAUCUCUCCUAGCACAAUGAAGAUUGCAGUUACCCUGGUCCUGUCCCUGUUGGUGGUUGUCCAUGGCGAGUACGCCAAGAGGCAGCUCACGGCGGUGCUGACAGCGGCUGAACCCCUCCUGUCCAAACUGCUUCUGGACAAACUGGGCGUUGACAAACUCAUCGGCAAUUUCGUCGGAAAUGUGGCUGCUUUCUUCAGCGGCAAGAGCGGCACUAUACCGCUUGAAGGAACACAGCUUGUGUUAAACUACAACAUACACAAGUGCCAUCUGCACAUUGGGAAGAGAUUCCUCAUCCAUCAUAUUGCUGAGGAACGUUGCGAGGCUCAAGUGUGCGAGAACGCGAUCACCAAAUCCUGUAAGUCCUGUACCGAGGGACACCAAGCUGACGCCCUCAAGUGUGCCCUGAAGGCCGAGGUCGCGGAGAUCACCAGACUCGCCCAGGCGGCUCAAGCGGCGCAGGGUUAACUCCCCUUGUUAAAGCAGGAAAGACUUUCCUCGUGUCGAUUGUCUUGGAAAAGUAAAUAAACACUUAAAUCAUA